AUGGAAGAGCAGAAUCCAGGAGGACCUGGCAUUUGCAAAACAGUGAAGAAAAGCCCCCAUUCCACCCCAGCUGGGAGCGGUGUUGAAUGCUGGGAAGGCCUGGUGCCAGAUACCCAAGAUCAGCUCAUUGCAAUCUCAGAUGUACACUGCCAACGAUUCCGGCAAUUCCGCUACCAUGAGGCUGAGGGCCCUCGAGAGAAGUGGACACCCUCCGUGAAGAAAAAAGUGACGUUCCCUGAGGUGGGAGGAGCUUCUUUGGAGCAAGGGCAGAGGGCACAGACUCAGGAGUGUCCCCAAGAUGCCCUCUCCUGUGUAAAAGACAGUGAAGAGAUACUGUUGAGCCGGCGUCUUCUCAUACGUGUGGAAAUGGCUGCUGUACCUCCAGUCCAGUCUCCUGUUUCCUUUGAGGAGGUAUCUGUCUAUUUCAAGGAGGCAGAAUGGGCCUUGCUGGAUCCAGGCCAAAGAGCUCUCCACAGGGAGGUCAUGCUGGAGAACUAUGGGAAUGUGGCCUUUCUGGCAGAGGAUGAUCAGAGGAAUGAGGAGGAUGAGGAACUUCAUCAGCAAAUGCCAGAAAGAAUUAAAAAUGAAGAUUUGAAAGGAAACAUCAUCAGUCGAGGCAGACUUAAGAGAAAGAAAGGCAGCCGUGUGGUUGAGAAGAGAGAUAGAACACUGCAUAAUUUACAUUUUCCACAGCACAAGAUAAUGAAGCCAAGUAAAUCCAUUCAGUGUGGAAAGUCCUUCAGAAAGAAUUCACAACUCUUUGGUUACCAAAGAAUACACAGAAAUGAGAGACUUUUUGAAUGUUCAGACUGCAGAAAGAGAUUCAGACACAGUUGCCAUCUUCAACAGCAUCAGAGAACCCAUACAGGGGAGAAACCUUUUGAAUGCUCAGAGUGUGGAAAGAAAUUCAGUCAGAGUGGCACUCUUCAACAUCACCAAAGAAUUCACACAGGAGAGAAACCUUUUCAAUGCUUGCAGUGUGGGAAGAAUUUCAGUGUGAGGCAAUAUCUGCAAAUGCAUCUGAGAACCCAUACAGGGGAGAAGCCUUUUGACUGUUCAAUGUGUGGAAAGAGAUUUAGUGUGAGGGGGAAUCUGCAAAAGCAUCUAAGAACCCACACAGGCGAGAAACCAUUUGAAUGUUCAGUGUGUGGGAAAGGAUUCAGUCAGAGUGGUACUCUUCAGCUACAUCAAAGAACUCACACGGGAGAGAAACCUUUUCAGUGCUCGGACUGUGGAAAGAAAUUCAGUUCAAGUGGGAAUCUUCAACUGCACCAAAGAACCCACACAGGGGAGAAACCUUUUGAAUGCUCUGAAUGUGGAAGGAAAUUCAGACAGAGUGGCACUCUUCAGCAACAUCAGAGAACCCACACAGGGGAGAAACCUUUUGAAUGCUCAGAGUGUGGAAAGAGAUUCGGUUGUGGUCGCAGUCUUCAAGAACACCAGAAAACCCAUACAGGGGAGAAACCUUUUGAAUGCUUAGAGUGCGGAAAGAGAUUCAGCGCGAGUGGGAAUCUUCAAAAGCAUCAGAAAAGGCACACAAAGGAGAAACCUUUUGAAUGCUCAGAGUGUGGAAAGAAAUUCAGUCAGAAGAUUGGUCUUCAGCAACACCAAAGAAUCCACACGGGGGAGAAACCUUUGGAAUGCUCAGUGUGUGGAAAGAGAUUCAGACAGAGUAGCACUCUUCAGCGACAUCAGAGAACCCACACAGGGGAGAAACCUUUUGAAUGCUCAGAGUGUGGAAAAAAAUUCAGUCAGGCUUGCAGUCUUCAGGAGCAUCUGAAAACACACACAGGGGAGAAACCUUUUGAAUGCUCAGAGUGUGGAAAGAGAUUCAGUCAAAGUGGUACUCUUCAACGGCAUCAAAGAACCCACACAGGGGAGAAACCUUUCGAUUGCCCAGUGUGUGGAAAGAGAUUCAGUCAGAGGAUUGGUCUUCAGCAGCACCAAAGAAUCCACACGGGGGAGAAACCUUUGGAAUGCUCAGUGUGUGGAAAGAGAUUCAGACAGAGUAGCACUCUUCAGCGACAUCAGAGAACCCACACAGGGGAGAAACCUUUUGAAUGCUCAGAGUGUGGAAAGAAAUUCAAUCAGGCUUGCAGUCUUCAGGAGCAUCUAAAAACCCACACAGAGGAGAAACCUUUUGAAUGCUCAGAGUGUGGAAAGAGAUUCAGUCAAAGUGGUACUCUUCAACCGCAUCAAAGAACCCACACAGGGGAGAAACCUUUCAAUUGCCCAGUGUGUGGAAAGAGAUUCAAUCGGAGUAGCAAUCUUCAACAGCAUCAGAGAACU